GGGCUUUUCUGGAGUGGCUGCUUUUUCACACAGCCGCUGUGCGCCGCUGAGAAAGGGGCGGGAUCCCUCUCUAGUAGGUUAGCGUUGAUUUGCUGAAUUCGUAGACUUUUCCCCUCAAAAUCCCAACCCUCUCUCUCGCUCCUUUUUUUAUUUUUUUCCUUUCCUCUCUCUGGGAGAGAGAGAGAGAGAAAGGGAGAGGGAGAGAAAUUGGCUUGCGGCUGCAUCUGGAUCUGGUCCCCGGAGCCUUGCCCGGCACCAUGAGCUCGGAAGCUGAUGAGCCCAAGGAAGUGGCCACAGAUGUCUUCAACUCCAAAAGUCUGGCCAUUCAGGCCCAGAAGAAGAUCCUUGGAAAAAUGGUGUCCAAAUCAAUAGCAACUACUUUGAUCGAUGAUACAAGCAGUGAUGUUUUGGAUGAGCUCUACAGAGUAACAAAGGAAUACACACAAAAUAAGAAAGAAGCAGAGAAGAUCAUCAAAAACCUCAUUAAAAUAGUCCUCAAAUUGGCAAUUCUCUACAGAAACAACCAGUUUAAUCAGGAUGAAAUAGCACUGAUGGAGAAAUUCAAGAAGAAGGUUCAUCAGCUGGCUAAGACCGUGGUCAGUUUCCAUCAGGUGGAUUAUACCUUUGACAGGAACUUUUUGUCCAAACUGUUGAAUGAAUGUAGGGAGCUGCUUCAUGAAAUCAUUCAGCGUCACCUAACUGCGAAGUCACACGGACGCGUCAACAAUGUGUUUGAUCACUUCUCUGAUUGUGAAUUUUUGGCUGCCUUGUACAAUCCCUUUGGACCUUAUAAAAUCCAUUUGCAGAAACUUUGUGAUGGGGUCAACAAAAUGCUAGAUGAGGGGAACAUAUAAGUACUUGUUUUAGAGGUGACUGCCUAUGAGUUAUUUGUAGAUGGAACACUGUUGAUUUAUGAAGGAAUAAGGGAGCAUGCAAAGAGGUUUUUUUACAUUAUGACAAAUCUUUCCUAAAAUCUUUAUUAAUUAAUUUCUUACUAUGCGCUAUCUGUUGCUAUUCACAGUCCAUCUGGAAGAAAAUCUGCACAUGACUUUUUUUUACUGUGCUUUGCCUAUGGAAACAGCUUGAUAAAGACAACAAAACAGAAUGGUUCAAGUAGAGUUAGAGUCUUGUAAGAUAGAUACACAAACCAAAACAACAUGCUGUCAGACAAUCCUCAUCUUUCAUAGAUUUACGGCAUUAAUUCUAAAUUAUCAGAAUCCAGUAAUGUUGGUAACAGACUAUCAUGAUGAUGGUACACUCCGUAAUUUCUUUAUUUUACUUGUAAAAUAGGCAUAUAUGAUUCAGUUAUAGUCUUUUAUGCUCUCUGCACAGAUAACAGCUUCCUAGUGUUGCCAUUAUAAAGCAUUGAGUUUUAAAUAAAAUCACAAUGCUGUCACAUAGAGUCUUAACAGCAGGCUUGUGCAUCUCCAGCUCAGAGGUGAAAACUUCCUGUCUGCAAGGCAGGAUCUCUCAAGUAGAGAUCCUUGUAGGCCUGCACAGGUGCUUGCUUCCUUUGACUACAUGGGGAUUAUUUGAGGAAUAAGCUACAGGAAAAUAGCUGAACUGGGGAAGAGCAUUCCCAAGAAACUGCUUGUGGUACAGAAUUUUAACUCUGCUAUGAUAAGAUAAAACACAGUGACUUCUCUGUGCAAUUCCUUAAGAUAUUUAGAAUUCUGCUAGUAGAAUCAUAGAAUCAAUCAUUUGGGUUGGAAGGGUCACAGUUCUUUGCGAAAAGAUGUGGUCAGUAUAUUUGAUAUACUAGUCUGAUGUGUAUGAUGAUGUGAU